AUGAGUUCGUCAAAACAAGUGAAGAGUGGGGUUGGCCAAUUGCCCAAAAGUGUAAAGGUUCGCUCUACGUGCAAUGCUUGUCAGCAGGCCAAAAUCCGUUGCAGCCAUGAGAAGCCUUCUUGUCGUCGCUGCCAGAGACACAAGAUUGAGUGUAUCUACAGUGUGUCGCGGCGAUUGGGUCGUCCGGCAAAAAAGAAAGAUUGCCGGAUAGAGGUCAAAGGGCAAGGGAGCAGUCUUUCGCCGGAGACACUCGAGGAUCUAGAAUUUGAACGAGCGGCCCGCAGAACGUCACGAAAAAAGGGUAUUCGGUCAGGUUCAGGAACGGCGAUACGGCCUCGAGGUGCAAGAACAAAAUUCACUCCAGAAGAACAAUUUUCGACUCCGACGCUGCCAGAUAAUGUCAAUGAGCCCGGGAUGUCCAUUCAUCUCCAUGAAAUGAAUGCGUCAACCUGCCACCCAGCAUUUGAAACGGACUUUACGUCUGAGAACUGGGCUCAACAGCUCAUGUCUACACGCCUGAACGAGACAUCACCUGAGGAGACCAAUGCCGAAAUCGAGCUAGAAGACACGUUCGAUACACCAUCAGAGUACAUGAGACAGUCAGCUCCAAUCCCAAUCCAGCCAUCGAGAGAUCCAUACUUCCCCUCACUCCCGCUAGGACCCGACAGUGACCUAGAAACGUUCCAAACGACCGAGAAAAUGGCAUUUCUUGAUGCCAAAGACCAUGAUACAGCUCCAUGGCCCUACAGCACCUCCGAACUAGAGAUGCAGCCCAUCCAAAACGCGUGGAUACUCGAAAGGCCACACCAACCAAUGCCGGUACUGAUAGACCCUUCAAACUCAAAUUACUGUCCACUCCAGUCUCCAGAUGCGAGUCCCGACAGUGACAUAUACUCGCCUGACGAGCCGGGUCACCUCAGCCCGCCGCCAAAUUUCAGCUGUAGCUGCUACAAGCGCGUGAUGAGUGAGCUGAUUCGAUCAGGUCUACGUGCUGAAUCGGACGGAUUUGUUAGCAUUGAUAGUAUACUCGCGUGCCAAAAUGAGCUGUUAUUACAGACUGAAGCAAUCCUGCGGUGUAGUUCUUCUCUCAACGCUGGAUACUACUACAAUAUCGGCUGGGGCAAUGGAUGA